AUGGCUGCUCCCGGCUCCCGACCCGAGGAGGGAGCGGGGCUGCCGGGCAUGGGGCAAUUCCGUCUUGAUAUCGGCGUCGGGAUAGAUGGUGAUGCUGGCCCGGACGACGACUACCGGCCGUCGCCCGACGCUUCGUCUGGGCGAGCGCCUGCUCAGGGACAGCAUGGCGCCGCCGCCGGGGGCCAGUUUGGUAUCCUGGCUCCCCCGACGAUGCUGAGCGGCGCCAUGGAAGGGCACAGCGACGGGGCGCGGCACGUCUCGUUUGCCGCGGACUCGCACGAGACGCAGCGGAAGAGACCUGGGAAAAUCGUCGUGGAUCCGCCGGAUUUACGCGCCUGGAGGGAGAAGCUCUUCAACGUGGAUUCCAUGAUUGUCCUGACGGACGAGCAAUUCGAGACGUACUUCCCCCACGUGGACAACGUCUACUCGCACCGCUCAACGCAGCGCUACAAGCGCAAGCCGUUUGUCUCGCACUACUGGGACUGCCGGAUGAAGGGCCGGCCGCCGGGGACCCCAAAGUCGGACGACCCGUCCAAGAAGAAGCGCAAGAGGAGCGCGCGCGAGCGGGACCUGUGCGACGUCAAGAUCCGCAUCACCGAGUACUUCCCAAACGCCAGCGCCUACGUCGACCGCGAGGCCGCCGAGGCCGUCGCCGCGGCUGGCGCCGCGCUGCCUGCCGGGCAGAGGUUCUGGACGAUUCAGCGCGUCAAUGGGAACGGCGGGAACGGCAAGGGCGACGGGGUGGCCGGUCCGCACCGGCACACGCUCGAGACAAGUGACGAGAUCAAGAAGAAUAGCGUGCAGCGCCAUGUGGCGAAGCAGGAGAAACAAGCGAGGCAGAUGCAGAAGGGCCGCGCGCCGCUGAGAAAGGCAACCGGCGUGGCGGCGACGCUUGUGAAGAAGCAUGCAAAAGAGCACGACUUGAAGCUCUACUCCUCCUGUUUCUGCCCCUUCUCCCAAAGGGUGUGGAUAGCCCUCGAGGCCAAAGGCCUAUCCUAUCAAUAUUGCGAGACCGACCCGUCCAAGGCUCCUCCCGCCGCGCCCAGCGAGACGGUACCAGCCAUCCGUCACGGCGACUGGUCUUGUUCCGAGAACGCCGUGAUCCUCGAAUACCUCGAAGAUGUAGACGCGAGCACGCCCCUCCUCCCCUCGGAUCCAAAACUGAAAGCCAGAUGCCGCCUCUGGAUAGACCAUGUCAACUUCCGCAUCGUGCCCGCUUUCUACGACCUACUGUUCUCCCGGGAUCCACCAUCCCGGAGCGAAUCUACCCGCCGUCUCCAGAGACAUAUUGCUAGCCUCGUUAUCGCUGCUGACGAACAGGGUCCCUUCUUUACAGGGUCGGCACUGAGCCUUGUGGAUAUUCACUUUGCGCCGUUUGCUUUACGUCUGUCCAGGAUAUUGAGGCCGCUGAAGGGCUGGACGGACCCCAUGCCUGGAACAAGGUGGAAUAGAUGGCUGGAUUCGUUGGAAAGAAACGUGCACGUCAAGGCAACGACGAGCUUGGAUGACUUGUAUGUUAGUACGGUGGGGCUCCUUGCUUGGAGGGCUCAAUAA